CCGCCGCUGGCCGGCAAGAUCGCGGCGCUGUCGCUGAGCGCCCUCCCGGUGUCCUACGCGCUCAACCACGUCUCGGCGCUCUCGCAAUCCUAGCCCUGUGGGUCCAGCCACCGGAUAGCGGGCAUCUGCAAGCCCCUCGCACUUCUAAACCCAGCUCAACCCAAGCCAUGGGGUGGAGAGAGUCUUAACCAUGGGCCUGCUCCCUGGGUGGGAAUACCCAUCUCCAUCUCCUGGGAUCCUGGCCCCCUGUGGGUGGCAUUGAUGAGCGCCCUAAUCCUGGGUCUGCUCUUCGUGGCAGUCUACAGCUUGUCCCAUGGCGAAAUCUCCUAUGACCCACUCUAUGCUGUCUUCGCCGUCUUCGCCUUCACCUCGGUUGUGGACCUCAUCAUCGCUCUUCAGGAAGACGGCUAUGUGGUGGGCUUCAUGGAUUUCUACACCAAGGAGGGAGAGCCAUACCUGCGCACAGCACAUGGAGUCUUCAUUUGCUACUGGGAUGGCACCGUUCACUACCUCCUCUACCUGGCCAUGGCCGGCGCCAUCUGCAGAAGGAAGAGAUACCGGAACUUUGGACUGUACUGGCUGGGUUCCUUCGCCAUGAGCAUCCUGGUGUUCCUUACAGGAAACAUUCUUGGCAAAUACAGCUCCGAGAUCAGGCCUGCCUUCUUCCUCACCAUCCCCUACCUGCUGGUGCCAUGCUGGGCUGGCGUGAGGGUCUUCAGCCAGCCCCGGGCGCCAACCUGCUGCACCGCCAACACGGUGCAGGAGGAACAAAGAAAGGGACUCCUGCAGCGUCCGGCUGACCUGGCCCUUGUCACAUACCUCAUCCUUGCUGGCUUCUUCACUCUGUUCCGGGGCCUGGUGGUGCUUGACUGCCCCACAGAUUCCUGCUUUGUCUAUAUCUACCAGUAUGAGCCAUACCUGCGGGACCCUGUGGCCUAUCCUAAGGUGCAGAUGCUGAUGUACAUGUUUUAUGUCCUGCCUUUCUGCGGCCUGGCUGCCUAUGCUCUCACCUUCCCUGGUUGUUCCUGGCUGCCAGACUGGGCCUUGGUGUUUGCUGGAGCCAUCGGCCAGGCACAGUUCUCGCACAUGGGGGCUUCCAUGCACCUGCGCACACCCUUCACCUACCGUGUGCCUGAGGACACCUGGGGCUGCUUCUUCGUGUGCAAUCUGCUGUAUGCACUGGGCCCCCACCUGCUGGCCUACCGUUGCCUUCAGUGGCCUGCAUUCUUCCACCAGCCGCCACCCUCCAGCCCCAUAGCCCUCCACAAGAAGCAGCAUUGAGAGGGCUAUGGACUUAGGACCCAGGACUCUGUUUACGCGCCCAGCCAGCCCUACCUGGGGAAGCGGGGGUCGGGUGUUUUAGAGACAGGAGGGACAUCUCCAGGUGUCAUUAGUCCUGGCUAUGGUGGUUUCAGUCCAGUGGGUGGGAUGGAGACCAACAACCAAGUGUUCCUGCAAGGAGCGCCUCUCACAGCUGUCACCAUGCUUCAACCCCGACACGACGCUUCCACCCCUUCCAGAAUUUACCCAUCAUCCCCCCGUGGAUCCUUUUAGUAAAAACCCUUUCAAUUUCCAAAA